UUGCAUUUGCGAAGGCUCAUCAAAUCUCAAGAAGAGUAUAAACUAACUUCGAAGGCGCUUGACAAGUUCUUCAGCUCUUACAGCGUUCCCUUGCGUUAUCUAUUGUGUCAGCUUUUAGUUCAUUCCAUAGUCUGCAGCGGAAGGAGCCAGUUUCUGGACGUAGGUGUGUAGACAUCAGCGGUAAAAGGGGAAGAUGGCAAAUGAAGUGUUACCUGAUGCACUUCCUUACUUUGAUAAAGGCUAUGAAGAACCUGGAGUGAGAGAAGCAGCUCUAAAAUUAGUGGAGGAGGAGACGCGCCGAUAUCGACCAACAAAGAACUAUCUAGACUAUUUGCCAGCGGCGCCAGAGGCAGUGUUCUUGACCCCCGUUCUGAGAGCGGAGUUUGAACGUAUUAGAAAGGCACAGCCCAUGGAUAUUCUUAGCUUUAAAAGAUAUGAGCUUCCACCACCACUGGCAGGUCAGAAGAAUGACAUGUCUGCGUGGAUGGACAGUGUGAAUAACUCCUCUGCGCAACUGCAACAUCAAUCAUUAAGAAUACACAACUUGGAGCUUCUUGAGACGUAUGGUGUGACUGCAUGGGAGCAGCAUGUCAAGUCGUUGUUGAAAAUGCAUGAACACCAACAGAGGCAACUUCAGCAGUUACGGCAACAAGUACAAGAAGUCAACUGGCAGCGUAAAACUGAGCAGAUUGAAGCUGGUACAGAGAUUGCCACUCUAGAAAAGGAAUGGGGCUCCCUAGUGGCAAAGAACUACGAGAUUGAUCGCGCUUGCCUGGAACUUGAAGUGGAAAUUCAACAACUGCGCCUGUCUGCUGCCGAACGCGGCGAGACCGUCCCAGCUGAGAAUGGCAUUUCGACAGCUGGAGCAGAGUAACGUCCGCUAGCGAUGUCUUUAUCAGCUCGAAUUUCCCCGUUGAAGAGAUGUUGAUUGGUCAUGAGCUUUCCGCAACUGUAAAUAGUCUGCUGAUGUUAGGAAGCACUUGUACAUAGUUCUUUUUUUUCCUCUGCUCUUUUCCCCUUCCGGUCCCCUAAUUCCCCUGUACAGUUGCCGUGUGGGUGCGUGUGUGUGUGUGUGUGUGUGUGUGUGUGUGUGUGUGUGUAUGUGUGUGUCUGCGUGUGUGUCUGCGUGUGUACGUGUGUGCGUUUGCUUUCGCUGAAUAGAUGUGAUAUACUGACUUUUUAGUUAUUUGUGUUCAAAUUUUUGAACUAGUCAUUGUGUACAACCAUCAUGUCAUAAUCAUGUCAUAAAAUUCAAAUGAAGAAGAAAACAUUUUGCUUAGAUGUUAUAUUACCUCA